AUGGGGGUAUAUAAAAAAAAACAGCAAAAUGCUGGAUCGGAUGAAGAUAAAUUAUUAUUUAAAACAUGUACUGAAUCAACAGAAUAUCUUCAUCUAUAUUUCAAAGAAUUAAAGAACCACUUAAUUACUUAUAAAAAAAUCGAAGAAUUAUACAACUUUUGUUAUAUAAAUUUAGGGGAUAUCAAUUGUUCUAUCAAUUCAAGAAUAACAUCACUCAAGGCGGUUAGCCUAUCCCUAGUUAUCGAACCUAAAAGUAUUCAGGAACUGGUUAAUAGUGAAAUAGUUGAAUAUGCAUAUAAAAUUUUAAAAAGAGAUAAAGAAGGUAUAAAUACAAAAAAGUCUUUAUCCUAUUUUGGUAAAGAAGCAUAUGAAGAUAUAUCUGCUUUAGUAUUAGAAGCAAAAUAUUUAUUUAAAACUAUUCAACUUAUAAAUAUAAUAAAAAAUCCAAAAGAAGAUAAAUAUAUUGAUAAUAUAUUUAAAAAAAUCAGAGAUAAUAAAAUCGAUUUAUUGGAUCAUGAUGAUUUUUUUAACACAGAAUUAUUAAAUGAUAUAAAAAAAUUAAAAAACAAAUUAUUAGAUGUUUUAGAUCAAGAAUUUAUAGACAACACAAAAAUAAAUGAUUUACAUUCUGAAUACAUAAGAUUAAUUAGCAAAGCUAAAGAUACGGUUAUUAACUUUUUGUAUAACGGAUUCUAUACGGUUUAUUGUGAAACUAUUGAUGAAAUUGAAGAUGAGAAUUUAAGUAUACGACUUGAAUCAUACUUUUCAAGCGUAGACAUAAAAUCAAAUCCAAACAUCAAUUUUGAUUGGGGUAACGAAAAGGAGAAACCUAAAUUUAAAGGAAGUUUAGAUGGAUCGAAUAAUUUUAGUUUCACAAGCUCAUUGAAUCAAUCUAAUUUGAAUAAAAGCAAUAGUAAUAUAUCAGACAUCAAAAAUAAUAAUGGAAAAAAACAAAAUCUAACAAAAAAUGAUUCCAAAAAAAAAAUAGAGACAAACAAAACAGUUUCAUUUGAUAUGGCAAAUAAUAAUAUAAAGGAGUUCCAUGAAAGUAAUGGUGCAAUUGGUAAAGAAGGAGGACCUGGAAGUGAUAGAUCAAAGAAUGCGGAAAAUAAAAUAGCAAACAAUUUUAAUGGAUUAAAAAAUGAGUUUGAUAUAAACAGUGUAGAUGAAUGGGAUAAGUUGAAAGAAUUUAAAGAUGGAGGAAAUAACGGAAAUGAAAAUGUAUGGAACUGUAUAAUAAAAAAAAGUAAUUUUUAUGAAACUAAAGAAGAUUAUGUAAAUUAUAAUAAAUUUUUGCAAGAUAAAGAAAAUGAGUUUAAAGAACAUACAUAUGGAGACUUAUUAGGAAUGAAUAAAUAUAUCGAUUCAAAAAGUGGAAAUAAACAAAAUAUUUCUUCUAAUAAAGUUAUAACAAACAAUUAUAAUAAUUUAAAUAAUGACUCAUAUGGUAAUAAUAAAGAAGAUAUAAUAAGUUAUGACCCUAAGAAAAAACAAAAUAUAUCACCAACAUCAAACAAUAAUAGCAACAUAAGUUAUUUUAAUAAAUAUUUUACACAAUAUGAUAAUAUAUUUAAUGUACAAGAAGCAAUUUUAAAAAAUAAAUCUUUGUUAUAUUCGGAUGACAGUUUAGAGAUAUUCAUUGAUCAAAGCUACUACGAUGUAAAGGGGCUUAUCAAAUUUUUUUUCAAAAAUAAACGUCAAAUUAAUUUUUAUGAUUUAGACAUGCAAAUAUCCAAUAAAAUUUUAUUUCCUUUGAAAUUUAAAUUUGCGUCAUAUGAAAAAUUGUUAUCAGCAUAUUCUACUAAAUGCUAUGAAAUGGCUGUAAAAUGUUCGCGAGUAUACAACGGAUUUCCAUUAAUUAAAAUAUCAUACAGAAUGCAAGAUAUGUUAAGAAAGAAUAUCGAAAUCAGAUUGCCCAUAGCAAUAAAUAAAUUUAUGAAAAAAACCAAAAUACCACGAGAUGUUUUUGACAAAUUUUGGAACAAUGAAAAUUUUAAUGCAAAUAAAGAAGAAAAAACUAUUACUAAUGAUGAUAAUAUGAAUAAUGAUGCAUUAAUAGAAAAAGCAUGCUUGGGAGAAGCAUUAAAUGUGUGUUAUAUAGAAGACAAAAUUUGUUUGUGCGGGUGCUAUUCGGACAAUUCCAGUGCUAUGGAAAAUUAUUUUGUACUUGUAGGAAUUGAAGUGACGAAAAAAAAAAUAAAGGUUAUUUGUAAAUCAAAUAAUUCUACCUUAUCUUCAGCUAUAUUAUUUUUAAUUAUAUUAAUGCUUAAAAAUAAUUGA